AAUUUAUCAACGAAAUAGACUUAUUUAUGUUAUUGAACUUGAUCAAUUUCAAAAUAUUAUUAUCGAAUUAUCACCACCAACGACACCAGAAAUGUCAUCAUUAAAUACAGUACAAUUUCGUGAUGGACAAAUAUCAAAUAAAAUCUAUGCGAAUUAUAUGCAACGAACACCCUGGUUAUCAAUAUAUGAUUUACGUCUAUUUAGUAAUGAGUAUCCAAUUGAAUUGUACCUUGUUGGAUUCAGUAUUGUACAACGACGAAUGUAA